CGCUCGUCCUUUUGGCAGCUUUCAAUUCGACCUCCCCCCCUCCCCCUCCCAGGCCUACCUGGUUCUUCUCUUCAUUCGGAUCACUUGCAUUUUUUUCACCUUUGAUUUUGGCUCUUUUUCACCCUCUUUUUCUGUUUUUGUCUUACGCACCGUCGAUCCUCGCGAAAUCACCCGCAACUACCGGGGAUCCGCCAUGAGCGUCCUGCUGGAAACCUCUCUCGGCGACAUCGUCAUUGAUCUGCUGGUCGACGAGUCACCAAAGGCUUGCGAGAACUUCCUGAAGCUAUGCAAAGUCAAGUACUACAAUUUUUCGCCCGUCCACAGCGUCCAAAAGAACUUUACCUUUCAAACCGGUGAUCCCUUGGGACCUGAUUCCCCCGAGAGCGAUGGCGGAUCCUCGAUCUGGGGUUUGUUGCGAGGUCCCUCCCAGCGCACCUUCUCGCUCCCAAUCCCUCCUAAGUUAAAACACGACGAGCGAGGCACCGUGAGCAUGGCGACUGUCCCUUCCCCCAACGAUCCGGACCUACGCAUUGCCGGCAGCCAGUUUCUCAUAACUCUUGGUGAGGGUCUCGACUACUUAGAUGGCAAGGCAGUAAUCUUUGGCAAGGUCGUGGAAGGAUUCGACGUUCUAGAGAAGGUAAACGAAGCCUUCAUCGAUGAUCGCGGGCGGCCACUCAAGGAUAUCAGAAUUCGUCACACGGUGAUUCUCGAUGAUCCUUUCAAUGACCCCCCGGGACUGGUGGAGCCAGCGGAGAGCCCGGUGCCAUCCAAGGCACAAUUGGCUACGGUGCGGAUCGCAGAUGACGAGGAUCUCGACGACAAUAUGGAUGAAGAGGCAUUGGAAAAGCUACGACGGGAGCGUGAGGCCAGAGCGCAGGCAUUGACGCUAGAGAUGGUAGGCGACCUUCCAUUUGCCGAGGUAAAGCCACCAGAGAAUGUAUUGUUCGUCUGCAAGCUGAACCCAGUCACCCAAGAUGAGGACCUCAACCUAAUUUUCAGUCGCUUCGGCCCAAUUCUCUCGUGUGAAGUAAUUCGGGACAAGCGAACAGGCGACAGCUUGCAAUAUGCAUUUAUCGAAUUCGAGAAUCAAAAGGACUGUGAACAGGCCUACUUCAAGAUGCAGGGUGUUCUAAUUGACGACCACCGCAUUCAUGUUGAUUUCUCGCAAAGUGUAUCAAAACUAUCGGAAAGCUGGCGUAACGCAACCAUUACCAAGCGCAGUGGUCAGCGGGGUGGAUUUGGCGGUGUAGCUGGACUUGAGAAGAAACGCCAGUACCGAGCCGCUGACAACAACAAUGCACGUCGCCGGGAGGACUAUUCGAUGGUCUUCGACAAGAAAGAGUCUGGACGCCCGUCUGCUCCUCGUCGAGACAAGUCAUACAGCCGAAGUCCUCAGCGGAACGAGCGCCGUGAUAGACGAGCUAGUCGAAGUCCCCGGCGAGACUCUUACCGUAGUCGCUACCGAGAUCGAUCGCACAGCCGGAGUCCAGUACGGAAAGACUCGUAUGGCGACCGGCGGUAUGAACGUCGUGACGAUGAUAGGUAUCGGGAUCGCCGACGCCGAUGAUCAAGCGAUCAAGGAAAGAGUAAUCUUGUACACUACCGGCACUUCUGCCUUCAAGCCUUUCUGGUAAUCAAGUCCUUUUAUACAGCACCGAGUGUUUGCCCAAUCAGCCAGGCUCGGGAGCUAUCAUGGAGACGUGCAAGCUUGUUCAAAUCACAUAUGACCUCUCGUCUGGCUGAAUUGGUCAUCCUAAAGAACAUAGAUGCGGUUAUCGAGUUAGUGAACCUUGAAGUAAGUACGUAAGUAAGUAGCCUUGGAGGUGAGACCGUAGGUUAGACGGGGCCGGCUCCAGGCAAUAUUAUACGAUGGUAUGCCCCGCCUCCUACCGCAGAUUGGCUGUGUUGUCCAGCUUGGCCCCUCCUCCCUCCGUUUGAG